AACACUGUAAAGGGCGUGGCUUUUGCCAACAGCAGCUGAGAGAUCGAGCUGAGCGGUUGGUCGGUUGAUGGGUUAAACAACAACAAGGUCGGAGAUAUGAGGGUUCCCGGAGCAGUGAUUUGGGCCGCUUUCCUCAUCCAGAGGGUUGUGGGAGAGUAUGGCAUGGCCCAUUUCAGUGAUACGGGCAAAAGCAAUGGGAAGGAUUACUGUAUAUUCUUCAACUCCCAGUGGGCACGUCUACCUCAGGACCUUAAUAAAGCAUCCCGUCUUCAGAUCUAUGACUUGACGUCGUCGGUCCUUUGCUCGCCCUCCGAGGUCCCGGAGGGGGGCUUCCCAAACCGCAUCCCCAUGGUGAUGAGGGGCAACUGCACCUUCUACGAGAAGGUCCGCCUGGCCCAGAUCAAUGGAGCCAAGGGCAUCCUGAUCGUCAGCAAAGACAGGCUGACUCCACCAGCAGGAAACAAGACCCAGUACGAGGAGAUAGACAUUCCUGUAGCUCUGCUGAGCUAUGCUGAUAUGCUGGACAUAAGCAAGACUUUCGGCCAGGGGAGGCUUGUUGCCAUGUAUGCUCCCAAUGAGCCGGUGUUGGACUACAACAUGGUGAUAAUCUUCCUGAUGGCGGUGGGGACCGUGGCCAUUGGAGGCUACUGGGCCGGCAGCAGAGAUCGCAAGAAGCGUUACAUGAAGCAUAAACGAGACGACGGCGCGGAGAAGCAGGACGAGGAGACGGUGGACGUCACCCCCAUCAUGAUCGGUGUGUUCGUCUUCAUGUGCUGCAACAUGCUGGUGCUGCUCUACUUCUUCUACGACCACCUCGCCAUUUGGGUCAUCGCCAUCUUCUGUUUGGCCUCUUCCGUCGGCCUCUACAGCUGCCUGUGGCCUUUCGUCAGGAGGAUUCCUUUCUGCAAGUGCAGGAUCCCAGAGAACAACUGGCCUUACCUGCACAAGCGUCCGCAGAUCCGCGCACUGCUGCUGUCGGCCGUCUGCAUCAGCAUCAGCGUCGUCUGGGUGGUGUUUCGCAACGAAGACCAGUGGGCCUGGGUACUGCAGGACACGCUGGGCAUCGCCUUCUGUCUCUACAUGCUCAAAACUGUCCGGCUGCCCACGUUCAAGGCUUGCACUUUACUACUGUCGGUUCUGUUUGUUUACGACGUUUUCUUCGUAUUUAUUACGCCCUUCUUCACAAAGAGCGGGGAGAGCAUAAUGGUGGAGGUCGCGGCUGGCCCCUCGGACUCCGCCCCUCAUGAAAAGCUGCCCAUGGUGCUCAAAGUGCCCAGGUUAAACUCCUCUCCUCUGGCUCUUUGCGACCGGCCCUUCUCCCUCCUGGGCUUUGGGGAUAUCUUAGUGCCAGGCCUCCUGGUGGCGUACUGUCACAGAUUUGACAUUUUAACCCAGUCCUCCAGGAUCUACUUUGUGGCCUGUACUAUCGCAUACGGCAUCGGCCUGCUGAUCACCUUCGUGGCUCUGGCCCUGAUGCAGAUGGGCCAGCCGGCGCUGCUCUACCUGGUGCCUUGCACGCUGCUCACCAGCCUCGCCGUGGCGCUGUGGCGCAGGGAGCUGCGUCAGUUCUGGACUGGAAGUGGAUUUGUGCCUCCCAUAGUCCUCGCACCGAUCAACCCCACACAGACCGCCGAGCCGCAGACGGAGGGACUCCCGUCCGAAGCGGAGCAGCAAACCCCGGAAACCCCCGGCAAGAACGCGGAGGCGGCCGAUGCCAAGGAAACGCCCCCAACGCCGAGCGACGAGAAAACCAGCAAUUAGUACAUCUUUAAUUUCGCUACAUAUUGAUUUGUUCUUUUUUUCCUGAGGUUUCUCAAUGGAGAUCCAAGUUCUCUUGAAACAAAAAGGGAAGAACUGUUCGGUUCAUUCUUUUUUUUUUAAAACAAUAGAAAAUGUAUUGAGACGGAGAAAAGUAAAGGUCUGUUUAAACUGCUGGUAAAGAUGUGUGAAAAAAACACCAUAAAAUAAGUUAAACUUU